UUGCAAGCACGUGGUGUGCUGCUCUCUCUCUCUCAGUCUACUCUGUCUCUCUUAUAUUUGUCUAAGUCUAAAAAGUUGCAUUUGUAUGACAUAUAAUCAUACAACAUUAUAAAAUAAAAAGUUGAACAUUUGAUUGCGUGACUCGCGAGCACUUUGUCGAUUGAAUGGUUAAAAAACCGGUUGGUACUUUUGUAUAAAUAACAAUAAUAAUACUUAAUAAUCAAAUAGUCACGAGUCACGAGACAAGUAAAACAGAAGAGCGAGAGAGAGGGGUAUGCGCAAUACGGCUACCGGGCUACGGCAAGUGUUUAUAGUGUGUUGAAAAGUUGAGAAAAAAACAAAGGACGACGAGGAAAAGAGAGAAUAUAGGUGUAAAGAGAAACAAGCUCUGGGAGUAAAGAAGUUUUACAUACUACAUUAAUAAAAUUGGUGUAGACGUUCAUUCGGAGUUUCGGAGCACAGCUAGCGCAUAGAUAGAGAAAGAGAGGACAGAGAGGAGCAAGCGAGCAAGAUAGAAGAGCAAAAGUAGCAGCAGUCGACCGCCGCGCACUGGUUACGUAUUAAUGUGAAAAGAGAGUCGAGGGGCGCGUGUUCGCAUCGAGGAAGAUAGAAAAAAAAUUAAACCGAGUGUGCCGCAAGUAAAGAGGUAUAAAAACUUUUUGGAGCAGCAAAGAUAAUUGUUGUGAAAGCAAAACACAGUUUGGAGGGAGACUGUUAAAGACCGUGAAGAAGCUCGAGAAAGGCAUGGCACUGGGCUCUCAGGUCGAGACCCCGCGGGAAGCCACGGGCAGCAGCGCCAAGCCCCAACAACCCCCCCAGGUCAAUGGCACGAGCACCGCUGCUGACACAAGCUCGGACACAAGCACCACCAGCGAUGCUGCACAACCCGUGCCAGUGGAAAAGCAAAACGGCGAGAAGAGCGCCAGCAGCAACGACAACAGUAACAACAAUUACAACAAAAACAACAACUCGGUGGAAAAUGUCCUCGAGAAGGGCGAAGUCGAAGCUACCAAGGAAGGCGAGAAGGAGAAAAAAAAGCACAAACAGAACAAAGUCGCCGAGGACGAGGACGAUGACGUCGACGGUGAUAACAACGUCAGCACCAAAGGUAAAAAUGAAAAGGUGAGCGAGAGCGACAAGGACAAGGAGGCUUCCAACGAGCAGGAGGUCGUGUUUAUCCAGGACAUGGGCUUCACCGUUAAAAUCGUCAGUCCGGGUGCCGAACCCUUCGACAUCCAGGUGUCGAGCAUGGAGCUCGUCCAGGAGAUUCACCAGUUGCUGAUGGACCGGGAGGACACGUGUCACCGUACCUGCUUCUCGCUCCAGUUAGACGGCAAUACGCUCGACAAUUUCGCCGAGUUGAAGAACAUCGAGGGCCUGAAGGAGGGCUCGAUCAUAAGAGUGGUCGAGGAGCCGUAUACGAUGCGGGAGGCACGGAUCCACGUGAGGCACGUGCGCGAUCUUCUCAAGUCAGUCGACCCGGCCGACGCGUACAACGGGGUAGAGUGCAGUAGCCUGUCCUUUCUGAACGUCGUCACUAACGGGGACAUAUUGGAGAAGAAAAAGUCGCGGGCCGAUUCGGUAGACUGCACGCCGCCCGACUACAUAAUACCCGGCUGCAGGGAACGGCCCCUGCUGCCCCUCCAGCCCCAGGCUAAGGAGCAAAAGUGCCCCCCGUGCAUCAAGGUGCUCACUACUUCGGGCUGGAAUCCCCCGCCGGGCUAUCGCAAGCUUCACGGUGAUCUCAUGUACCUGCACGUCGUCACGCUCGAGGACAAGCACUACUACCUGACGGCUUGCGCGCGCGGCUUCUUUGUCAACCAGUCGAGCAAAGAGACCUUUAGUCCCAAGCCCACGGCACCAAGUCACCUCUGUCACAGUCUGAUCGAGCUGCUCAAUCAGCUGAGUCCGGCCUUCAAGCGCGGAUUUGCUGCCAUGCAGAGGCGCCGCACGCAGAGGCAUCCCUUCGAGCGCGUCGCCACGCCUUAUCAGCUCUACGCUUGGAGCGCGCCCCAGUGCGAGCAUACCAUUGACGCCAUACGAGCCGAAGACACUUUUUCCUCAAAGUUGGGCUACGAGGAGCACAUUCCCGGCCAGACCAGGGACUGGAACGAGGAACUCCAGACGACGAGGGAGUUGCCAAGGAAAAAUUUGCCGGAGCGCCUGCUGAGGGAACGAGCUAUAUUCAAGGUGCACAGUGACUUUGUGGCAGCGGCUACGCGAGGUGCAGUGGCUGUGAUCGACGGCAACGUUAUGGCCAUCAAUCCGGGCGAGGAGCCGAAAAUGCAGAUGUUCAUUUGGAACAAUAUUUUCUUUUCGCUCGGUUUUGAUGUUCGUGACCACUACAAAGAGCUCGGCGGAGAUGCCGCGGCCUUUGUCGCGCCGCGCAACGAUUUGCAGGGCGUCAGAGUGUACGCCGCCGUCGAUCUUCCGGGCCUCUACACACUUGGCACUGUUGUUAUAGAUUACAGGGGGUAUCGCGUCACUGCACAAUCAAUUAUCCCAGGAAUUUUGGAACGUGAACAGGAGCAAUCCGUUGUUUACGGUUCCAUAGAUUUUGGAAAGUCUGUCCUUACUCAUCCGAAAUACCUUGAAUUGCUCAAUAAAGCCGGCCAGCAACUUAAAAUUCUUCCGCACAAAGUUAUCAACGACGCUGGCGAAGAAAUCGAACUAUGCAGCAGCGUGGAAUGCAAGGGCAUUAUCGGCAACGACUCUCGUCAUUAUGUUUUGGACUUGUUGCGAACGUUUCCACCAGACGUUAAUUUUUUAAAAUUGGAAGGCGUUGAGUUGAGCAAGGAAGCCCGAGCUUUAGGUUUUCCCGUUGAACACAAGCACAAACUCGCCUGUCUACGCCAAGAACUGAUUGAUUCGUUCGUAGAAACGAGAUACGUACAGUUUAUCCAGCACGCCGCGGUACACUUGCAACAGCUUACAUCAGCAAAGCGAGUCCAAAAAGAAAAGGAGAACAGCGCUAAAGAAGAGAAAAAAGAGGAGCAAAGCGUUGCAAUUGUCGAUAGCAAUAAAGAGAACUCGGUGCAAUCGUCGAUUGAAGCUGACGAAGCGAAAAAAAUCGUCGAAAGCAUUACCGAUUCCAUAACAGGAGGAGAGAAACAAGAAUUAGAAGAUAGUACAAAGGAAAUAGUACGCAAAGCAGCCGCUGCCGUCGGUAGCUUGCGCGAGACGGAAUUCGAUGUGAAAUUUAAUCCAGAUGUUUUUUCACCGGGUGUACGCCAUCCGGAUCCCAGUGGACCAGCUUUGAAGAAACAAAAACAGCUCGUCAUAGACGCAGCAGACUUUUUACUUACCGUCCAACUGCCGACUUUUAUACGCGAAUGUUUGGACCACACACCAGCUGCCAUGGAUGGCACAACCUUAGUAGAAUCCCUACAUGGCAGAGGCAUUAAUGUUCGAUAUCUCGGUAAGCUAGCUGCUAUGCUAGCUGCAGUUCCUCAUUUACAAUAUCUUCAUCGUAUAGCUGUUUCUGAGUUAAUACUUAGAUCAGUUAAGCACAUUUUCACAUCCUACAUGCAGGGUACCGAACUCAUGAGUCAAUCUGCAGCCAUCAGUCACUUUUUAAACUGUUUCUUAUCAUCGGCACAAGUCAUCCAUCCACAACAAAAUCUCGAAGAGUUACAAAGCAAAACAGCCAAGCGUCGCAACAAGAGGAAGGGCAGGAAUAACGGCCCUACUCAGUCCGAAGUAGAAUGGGCAUCUCUGACAUCCAAGUCGCUCUGGCAGCAAACGAAGGCUGAUUUAAAGAGCUAUUAUGACUGGGAGUGCCCUACACCCGAGUCUGUGGAUGUGGCAAUUGAACACUUCAAAUUACAAAAGAUCUCGUUACUUCGAGCUUUCUGCGUCAAAACAGGUAUUCAAAUCCUGCUAAGAGAGUACAAUUUCGAGAAUAGAAACCGAGCUACUUUCUUUGAAGAGGAUAUUCUCAACAUCUUCCCAGUUGUCAAACACAUCAAUCCUAGGGCUAGCGAUGCUUACAACUUCUACACAACCGGCCAAAACAAAAUUCAGCAAGGUUACUUGAAGGACGGUUACGAGCUAAUCAACGAGGCCCUAAACUUGCUAAACAACGUUUACGGGGCCAUGCAUCCUGAAAUCGCACAGUGUCUUAGAAUGCUAGCCAGACUGAACUACAUUAUGGGCGAUCACGCGGAAGCUCUUGCGACCCAACAGAAAGCCGUCCUCAUGUCAGAACGAGUCAACGGCAUCGAUCAUCCUUACACGAUAACUGAAUAUAUUCACAUGGCCUUAUAUUCAUUUGCCAACGGUCAGGUUUCGGCGUCGCUGCGACUUUUGUACAGAGCCAGAUACCUCGCAUUACUCGUAUGUGGUGAAGAUCAUCCCGAAGUAGCGUUACUCGACAGCAAUAUUUCACUUAUUCUGCACGCGGUCGGCGAGUACGAGUUGUCACUUCGCUUCUUGGAGCACGCACUCGUCUUGAAUUUACGCUAUCAUGGGCCACGAUCGUUAAAAGUCGCCGUCUCUUAUCACUUGGUCGCGCGAACUCAGUCGUGUAUGGGCGACUUCCGCGCGGCCUUGAACAACGAGAAAGAAACCUACGCCAUUUACAAGCAGCAGCUCGGCGAGGAGCACGAGAAGACAAAAGAGAGUAGCGACUGCUUGCGCCAUCUCACCCAGCAGGCGGUCGUGCUCCAGAAGAAGAUGAACGAGAUUUACACGGGCAAGACGGGCGUAAGCUUGCCACCCAUCCAGAUUCAACCACCCAGCAUGGGCAGCGUCCUGGACAUGCUCAAUGUCAUCAAUGGAAUUCUCUUUGUUCAGAUAAGCCAACAAGAUAUCGAGAAUUUUAAGGCGGAGAUGGCGAAACGCCAGCCUUCGGCAACGGUCACGACCUUCGACAUGAUUAACGCCGCACUCACGGCUAACGACGAGCCGAAGAAGGAGCUCGCCAGUAACGUGGUCGAGAGCUGAGCUUCAUGUUUCUGGACUCGUGCCAAUCGCUGCCACUUUUAUCACGAUUUUUUAACAAACGUACAUCCUAGUCUUUCUCAGUAGGGGGGAACUUGCGAUCGCGAGCUAGACGAUGAUUAUUACUAAUGCUAUUAUUACAGUUGCCGGUAAUUUUUUUUUUUUUUUUUUAUUACAACGAUACGUAGUUGUUGAAUUGCUUCUUUUUUUCAUAGAGAUGAAGCUUUCGUAACUGUGCGAGCUUUGAUUGGAUUUUUGAAAGGAGAAUGAGAGAGAUUGAAAUAAGUCAAUGACUGUUUGAUACCUAAUUUUUUUAAAUUUACUGAAUAAGGCUGCUUUUUUGUAUAGCUAUACUUAUACAGAAUCUGUGGAUAAAUACGUAUUUUGAUGCCCGACUUUUUCUUGUCUCAUGACAGGGUUGCUAUCAAUCCUGAUCACACUCACAACUGGUCAGAUUCUUGCGCAAAUAAUCAAAUAUAAUGGA